AUGGCACUCCCCUGGGAAACCGAUGGCGGAGUCGACGGCCGGCCUAAUAGUAUCAAGGUCCUCCUUGAUUGGCUCUCAGCACCAGGUAACUAUGAGCGGUGGACCCAAGCCAAAGUGAAGGCACCUCUGACCAAGGAAAUCCACCUCGAGAUGAUCCGAAGCGGCAUCCACCAUCGGACCCCACAUGGCUAUGCAGACAUGAUCUGCCAUGACUGGGGCCGCCUUGAACAAAUCUUUGGUCCGCCAGAUGACCUCGCACCUGACGCAACACACCCGGACCCCUUGGCCAGGGAAAGGAUCAUGUUCAACACCGAUGCGGCCUCCGAGCUCGUCGAGUUUAUAGAUCGCAUGCGAACUGAGUAUCAUGAGACCAUGGAGAAGAUCCCUGGAUAUGUCCCAUGGUUGACUUACUCCAAGAACAACCAAGAACAGCAAGCCGAUUACCCCCUCUUGCACGGCUUAGAUCCUGGCCUCCUCCUGUGCCGAUAUGAAAACCUGACCAUAGGUUCCCGCAAACGUCCACGCGGGUCCCCCUAG